CAGAGGUCCUUCUCGUCUUGGUCGUUGUUCCCGUCCGAGUACCAGCUCCCUAUUACCCUGAGGGCCCGGGCGAGCCUGCAGCCGAAGAAAGAAGGAGGCGGAAAAGAAAUUGUCCCGGAUCCCUGCAGUGGAUCCAAGCCUCUCUCGGGUGGCCAGUCUUUCCGUAGGCUGCGGUACAACGCCAGGCAAGAGAAGAGGAAGGAAAUUAACCAGAUCGUUGAAGGUCGAGUGAGGGUCUGCUGUAGCAGGUGCCACUGCUUGAACCAAGGGAGGAACUUUCCCCCGGAUCAGUAGAGAUCAGAAAGAUUGUUGGGCGUGGCAUAACUCACAGGAAAAGAAGAAGGGGCAAGUUGCUGUUUUAAGGAGGUUUACCUCUGAAACCAAUUACUAUGGCCUUGAAGUGACUUGAAGAAGAUCACUCUCCACAGGACUGCACUCAGGCCCGAAGCCCUCUUCCCUUACCUUGAGUGAUUACUCUGUUUCUUGGUCCCUGCUGUUGCCAGGGAUGAUUGCAUGGGCUACGCCAGAAAAGUAGGUUGGGUGACUGCAGGCCUGGUGAUUGGGGCUGGAGCCUGCUAUUGCAUUUACAGAUUGACCCGAGGAAGAAAGCAGAACAAGGAAAUGGCUGAGGGUGGCUCUGGUGAUGUGGAUGAUGCUGGGGACUGUUCUGGGGCCAGAUAUAAUGACUGGUCUGAUGAUGAUGAUGAUGAUGAUGAUGACAGUAACGAGAGCAAGAGUAUAGUUUGGUACCCACCUUGGGCCCGGAUUGGCACUGAAGCAGGGACCAGAGCUAGAGCCAGAGCAAGAGCCAGGGCUACCAGGGCUCGAAGAGCUGUCCAGAAAAGGGCUUCUCCUAAUUCAGACGAUACUGUUCUGUCUCCUCAAGAGUUACAAAAAGUACUUUGUUUGGUUGAGAUGUCUGAAAAGCCUUAUAUUCUUGAAGCAGCUUUAAUUGCUCUGGGUAAUAAUGCUGCUUAUGCAUUUAAUAGAGAUAUUAUUCGAGAUUUGGGUGGUCUCCCAAUUGUUGCAAAGAUUCUCAAUACUCGAGAUCCCAUUGUUAAGGAAAAGGCUUUAAUUGUCCUAAAUAACUUGAGCGUGAAUGCCGAAAAUCAGCGUAGACUUAAGAUAUAUAUGGAUCAAGUGUGUGAUGACACAGUCACCUCCCGAUUGAAUUCCUCUGUGCAGCUGGCUGGACUCAGAUUGCUUACAAAUAUGACUGUUACUAAUGAGUAUCAGCAUCUCCUUGCUAAUUCCAUCUCAGACUUUUUUCGUUUAUUUUCAGCAGGGAAUGAAGAAACCAAACUUCAGGUUCUGAAACUCCUUUUGAAUCUGGCUGAAAAUCCAGCCAUGACUAGAGAACUGCUCAGGGCUCAGGUGCCGACUUCACUGGGCUCCCUCUUUAAUAAGAAGGAGUACAAAGAGGUUAUUCUUAAACUUCUGAUCAUUUUUGAGAAUAUCAAUGACAAUUUCAAAUGGGAAGAAAGCGAGCCUGCUCAGAAUCACUUUAGUGAGGGCUCCCUUUUUUUCUUUUUAAAAGAAUUUCAAGUGUGUGCGGAUAAAGUUCUGGGAACUGAAAGUCACCACGAUUUACAGGUGAGAGUCCAGGUUGGAAAGUUUGUGGCCAGACUGACUGAACGGAUGUUCCCAAAGAGUCAGGAAUAACUUGGUGGCUUUGUAGUGUAGCAGCAACACACCUUGUAAACUAUUCUUUUUCUCCACUUUGUUUAUAUGGCAAAGGAACCCUUUCAGCUGCCAAGUCUGAAUGAUGAAUAUUAUACUGUAUCAUCGAUGCUGAUAUUUAACCAAGUUUGUCUUCAGGUUUAAGUUUAAUGAAUGUAUAUCACUACUUGUCCUGAAACAUGUUGCAUUUUAUCUUGCUGCCCACAUUGAAACAUUUUUACUGUUCCCUCCCCAUGAGUGACAGUGAACCAAUUCAUCCUAAGUAGGCUCCUUUCUGUCCUUUGCAUUGAUUUUAUUUGUGCAUCUUCAAUAAAGUUUUAUGUUAAUGCUGGAAAGAAACAAUGAAAGAAGAAAGAAACUAUCCUGUCUUUUGGUUUAUAAUCUAGUUGUAGAGACGAGAAACAUACAAGUAAAAAAAAAAAA